AUUUUGAGUUCAUGUUCGAGCGCAUUUUGUUCUGCGACCGGCCGCCAUACUCAAACAAAAAGAUUUGAGAUGAAAAGAUAAAUUUAUAUAUACAUUGGCGUUGUUGAAAGUGUUUAAUUUACUAAAUGAGUUCUAAAUCAGAUGUAAAUAGAAGAGUGCUCGCCAUUCAGGCGAAAAAGAAACGGCAUAAACUCGGUAAAAAGAAAAAUCGCGAGGAGGACCACGGGGCUGGUGUACAAGGAAACGGUCUGCGCAACCAGAAUCAGAAUCGUUUAGAACCUACACAUAGCUCUUCCAAUGAAACGAUCGAAGAGGAUGAAGACGAGCAAUAUGCGAGCGACGACGAGGAACAGGAGGACAGCGCCGACUAUUGUAAGGGUGGUUACCAUCCUGUCAAAAUUGGAGACUUGUUCCUGAAUCGGUACCACGUCACUAGAAAACUGGGAUGGGGUCAUUUCUCCACCGUGUGGUUGUGUUGGGAUCUUGUUGACAAACGUUUUGUCGCAUUGAAAGUCGUAAAAUCGGCACCUCAUUUUACGGAGACGGCUUUAGACGAAAUAAAGAUUCUGAAAGCGGUUCGAGACAGUGAUCCAGCGGAUCCCAAGAGGAAUAAGACCGUACAGUUGCUUAAUGACUUUAAAAUAACCGGUGUGAAUGGCACCCAUGUGUGCAUGGUGUUUGAAGUUCUGGGUCACCACCUACUGAAGUUGAUACUCAAAUCUAAUUAUAGAGGUAUACCACGGGAAAACGUUAAAACUAUCAUACGUCAAGUGCUGGAAGGGUUGGAUUACCUCCAUACUAAAUGUAAGAUUAUCCAUACAGAUAUUAAACCCGAGAAUGUCUUGGUUUGUGUUGAUGAAUCUUACAUACGCAAGCUUGCAGCUGAGGCUACUGAAUUACAUUCCCUAGGCUUGAGACUGCCUCAUUCCCUGAUUAGUACUGCGCCAAAGGAAUUUCAGGAACAGGUAGUAACUGCUAAAAUGAGUAGAAAUAAAAAGAAGAAGUUAAAGAAGAAAGCUAAGCGUCAAUCAAUGCUGCUUAAAAAGCAAAUGGAACAAAUAGAGGAAAUGGAAGAACAGAAAAAAGUGGUCAAUAACAGCGAGUCAGCUCCUAUGUCGCAAGACAAUGAUGAUUCACCUCCAACACCUGAAGAGGCAAGUGUCAUUGAGACUACACGCUCUGACAAUGAAACUAAUAUCAAUGGGUGCAAUGAUGAACGCGCCGAUGAAGAAGCGUUUGAUACUGAUGCUGAUGCAGUGCAGGUAAGGACUAAGCAAUAUGGCUGUGGAGAUGAUGCUGGUACCCCUAUGUCUGAAGGAGAAAUGACUGACACUCCACCUUCUUUCAAUUCUCAGUCUACAAAAGGAAAAUCACUUGAUAAAAAAUUUGAUCCAGCUUUUGAUAUCUGUGACUUAGAAGUUAAGAUUGCAGAUCUAGGUAAUGCUUGUUGGGUCCACCGGCAUUUCACUGAAGAUAUACAAACUAGGCAGUACAGAUCCCUGGAAGUGUUGCUGAGUGCUGGCUAUGGAACUUCAGCUGACAUAUGGAGCACUGCAUGUAUGGCCUUCGAGUUGGCCACCGGAGACUAUUUAUUUGAGCCGCAUUCUGGUGAUGGCUAUAGCCGUGAUGAGGAUCACCUUGCUCAUAUUAUAGAACUAUUAGGAGAUAUCCCAAAACGAAUUGCAGCCUCUGGAAAAUAUUCCAAAGUAUUCUUCAAUAAAAAGGGUGAGUUGAGGAACAUUACUGGCUUGAAACCAUGGGGCUUAGUGUCUGUGCUUACUGAGAAGUAUGAGUGGAGUCAGAAAGAUGCAGAAGACUUUGCUGAUUUCUUAAAGCCCAUGCUUGAUUUCGAUCCAAAUCGGCGUGCCACUGCCUAUGAGUGCCUUCAGCACCCAUGGUUGAAAGCAGUUGAACCUGAACAAAACGAGUCUGACAAAUAAUAUUAUAUUGCUCUCUGAAAUGAAUGAUCAUACAUUCAUGAAAUCAGUAGUGUCAACAUACAAAGUAUUUCAGUCUUAUACAAUUUUAAUAAAAAGUUUAUUUAUGGAUUUCUUUGUGAAUAAUUUACUUUGUAUCUAGAUUGUUUUGUUAGCAAUCCUGAAUUGUUUGAAAAUAGAAAUUGUGUAUGACUACUUAUUGGAGACAUGUUGCUGAACUUCCAAUACACAUCCUGUGAAGGCACAGCAGCAAAGUAUAUAAUACAUCAGCUGCUCAGCAUAAAGUUAUUAUUUGGAUGUAAUGUAUAGUGAUUGGCAUAUUAGACAUCUUAAAUUACCGAAACUGUACAGAUAACUUUAGGAAAAAUUGUGAUGUAUGACAUGUAGACAAUAUAGGUUUUGUCACAUUAAUCUUUUAGGAAUUUAGUUGACUAUGACAUAGCUCUGCACUUAAUACAACAUCCUAGAAGGUGAGGAACCUAAUAUAAUGGAGUCAUGCAUGCAUUAGUACCCAUUCAGGAAGUAGAAUGUUCACAUAGUUUAAGUUUGUGUUUUAUCACUAUCACAAUAAAAAUCUCAUUAUGUAAACUUAGGAAUAAGACAGUAUUUGUAAUGCCACACCUCCGAGACUGCCUUUUUAUAUUUCGAUGAGUCAUCAAAAUUAAACAAUGGCUGGAAUUAAGCUAUUCGGAGACGGUAUAAGACAGUGUCCUCUAAACCAGCUGAUAGUAAUAAUUAUUUAUCAUAGUUCCCAAUUUACAUGACCAUAAUUUGUAUUAAUUAUAUCUGCAAAUUUACAUGAAUAAAAUGUCCAAACGAGCUUGUUACUAUGUUUA